AUGAAGAAGGGAAUAGAUAAAUGGCUGGGACUGGGGCUGGAUGGUGGCUGGGACUGGAUGGUGCUGCUCAUCUGUUUUGUCGUCACUGGGUUCUCCUACGCCUUCCCCAAAGCCAUCAGUGUCUACUUUAAGGAGCUGAUGAGGGACUUUGACGUAGGCCACAGCGACACGGCCUGAAUCUCCUCCAUCAUACUGCCCAUGCUCUAUGGAUCAGGCCCAGUGUCCAGUAUCAUGGUCAACAGGUUUGGCAGCAAGCCGGUGAUGCUGGUCGGAGGUUUGCUGGCAUCAGCAGGCACGGUGGGAGCUUCCUUCACCACCGCCAUCAUACAGCUUUACCUUACAGGUCUGGGCCUGGCGCUGUACUUCCAGUCUUCUCUCAUCAUGUUGGUGAGCUACUUCGACAAGCUUCGUCCCCUGGCCAAUGGCCUGGCUGCAGCCGGGAGCCCCGUGUUCCUCUCUGUCCUGUCCCCCCUGGGUCAGGUUCUGCUGGACCACUAUGGCUGGAGGGAAGGCUUCCUCAUCAUGGGGGGCUGCUGCUCACCUGUGGGGCUGUCAUGAGACCUCUGGAGAGGAAGAGGAGGAGAAAGGAGGAGACGGGAGACGGGAGAAGGGAACGAACCAGAGCUGAAAGAGAUGUUCCCUUCAAAAGUAUGAAAGGAGAAGAAUGGAAUAGAAAAUAAGCUUUUGGACUUAAGGGGGUUCCGGAACAGAGGGCUGUUGAUCUACACUGAGUGGACAAAACAUUAGGAACACCUAUUGAUAAUGGAGGAGGCCAAUUACACAUGUCAGCAUUCUGUAUUUAUGCUUUCAUGUUUGUCCAUGUACCUAAUCUUGGUUAACCUAAAUUUGAUUUGCAUAGUCUGUCCAAGAGAGAUUAUUCUACCUGGUUUACAACUGGCUAGUUUCAAGUUUUAAUGUCACAUGCACAAGUACAGUGAAAUGGCUUUCUUGCAAGCUCGAAGCCCAACAAUGCAGUAAUCAAUAUCAAUGCAGCACUACAAAUAACAUAAGGUAAGAAAUACAAUAAAUAAAAAUAA